AAUCAAGUUCAAAUCAAAAUGCAAAAGAAAGAGAAAAGGCGAACGGCAUCGCACGCACGCACACUUGCAAACCCAUGAACCUGCGCGCAUUCGCACUCUCGCUCCCUCAUACCUAUACAACGAUGGCAGUCGCACAGCUGUACACGUAGCCAGUGUUCAUCGCGAGAGUGUUUUGUUGUUUUCUUUUUUUGUUUUACUUUUUGUUUUCUUUAUUUUGUUGUUUUGUUGUCAGAUAAUUGUGCAAUCCAAUCGAAGAAAGUUGAUGAAAGAAAGAAAAAUGAAGAAUAAUCAUUCAUGAGAUAAAGAUGAUCAACGGAUUGAGUGUUGGCGGUGGUCAGCAGCAGGCAGCAGCAAAUACGAAGGCGAAGUCAAGUGGUGCUGCUAUAACAUUGCACUUUACUUACAACAACAACAACAGCAGCAAUAUCAACAAUAUCAGCAGCAGGAGCAACAAUAACAAUUACAACAACCAAGACCAUAUUAGUGGCCAUAAAAUGGACCAUCAAAUGAACAACAAUCAAAAGGAAUCGCUGUCUACAAAGGUGCUCAAAAUAAUAGAAAGCAUCAGAGGCGGAGGAGGAGAAGCAGCAGAAGCAGCAACUGGUAAAACUGCUACUAUAGUAGGCACGCCAAAAGCAGUAGAAGACGCAACAGGUGGCAGCGUUGGUAGGGGAGUGGCCAGCUUAAAUUUGCUGCCAAUGCCCAUACGGCGCACAUCUUUGUUGCACCAAGCAAUUUCGAGUACCUCAGCAAUCACCAAAGAGAAGGAGCGUCCGCAGCAGAAAACAGCCAAGCCACCAGCCUUGGCUUUGCCUUUGUUGUCCCUGACGCCACAGAAAAAACAACCAGAGCCGCAUCAGGGACAUCAGCCACAGCGCACCGAAGACCAGGAGCACGCUUUUCGACUCGUCGAGGAUGUGCACAACUAUGCCAAGCUGCAGGACUACAGUGAAGACGAUGGGGAAGACCUUCUCGACGACGACGAGGACAAUGACGACGACGACGACGACGAAGAGGAGCAACAGAUGACAGUGCCGAUGAGAGUGCAGCAGGAGGUAACGCGCAUACAACUGGAGGACACCGAAGAGCAUGUGGACGUGGUGACAGUGCCGCAGCAGGAACUGGUCCAGCAGAAACUGCAGUUAGAGUCUACAGCAGUUGGAUCACCCAACAAUGAGACGGGAGACAGAAGGCCAGAGCAUCAUGCCCGGCGACCGAUGAAUGCAUUUCUCAUCUUCUGCAAACGGCAUCGGGCCAUUGUCAAGGAGCGUUACAAGUCCCUGGAGAAUCGAGCCAUUACCAAAAUACUCGGCGACUGGUGGGCAGCACUCGAUGAACAGGAGAAACAUUGCUUUACUGAUUUGGCACAGCAGAACAAAGAUGCGUUUUUCAAUGCCAAUCCAAAUUUUAAGUGGUAUAAAUUGCCGGCUCCCCCCUUGCGCACACUGGCAACACGACCCGGCAAUGCAGCGACCCCUGCAAUCGGCGGCCACCUGACCGACGAGAACCCACAGAACACUCAGCAGCAAGUCCAGUUGCAGUGGGAGCGCAACGAGCUGCAUGCGGCACCGAUGACCGCUUCUCUCUCCGCCGCCAAGUUACUGCGAGGAAACUUUUUCAAGCUGGCCGACGAGACCCAGAUGGGGGAACUGAGCGCCCUGCUGCAAGCACAGGUGCAGGAGAAGGAGUGUGAGCUGCAGCAGGUCCUGAGCGAAACCAGUCAGUUCCUGAGCACCCAUAUGCCUGGUGGCACCAAACGGCCGAUUUCUCAGGACAGCAACUCGAGCAACUCUAGCGAGGAGGAUGUGGCUGGCCUGGGAUCAUCCCCCAGCAAGAAGGCGAAGUCUUCCCGCUCCUGCAAGGGCAAAAUCUACCAGGAGCUAGUAAACUCCGGCCAACUGGCAGCUGUGGCCAAGAAGAGCAAAAGCCGCCUGAAUAGCGGCGGACACGGAGUCGGUUUCUUUGGAGACGCUGCCGUAGAUGCCGCCAGUCCCCACUCGCAAGCAGUGCGCCAGCAGAUGGACAGCCUGGAGGUAGCCACCAGCACGUCGUGCAAACACCCAAGAAGCGUCUCCGAGUCGAGCAGCAGUGGCGGCGGUGGCUUCGACCUGGAGGAGAAGAUCAAAGAACUGACUGCGCUCAGUCUGGACGCCUACUUGCAGCGCAAGCGCAGCACCAAGAAAAAGAAGAAAUUCACAGCUGGCAAGAAGCAGCGUAAUUCCAACAGCACCAGUGCUGGGGGAGCAGCAUGCGGAGGAGGACCAGCAACAGGUGCAGCUGGGGCAGGGAAAGCAGCGGCAAACGAGCUUGUCAGGAAGGAGGCCCAGCGGCAGGCAGCCGUUGUGGGCAGUCAGAAGCGCAAGGCUCGCAAGGAGAGCAUCACACGUCGCGACGUAAGCGCCAUUGAGCAGGAGGUGGCGUCUAUUCUACCAUUGACCAUCAACGGGUGCUACUACUUCGACCAGACCGCCGCCCCGGAUGUAGAAGCAAAGGCAGCAAACAACUCGUCCCUGACCCUGUCCACUACCUCCACUUCACUUUCCUCCUCGUCCUCUGCGUCGCCGCCACUCUCCUCGGCCUCCUCGUCGUCGUCUUCAUCGUCGUCGUCCUCGCAGGCAGCCUUCGAUGUGACCUCUACAUCUGAUCUACUCAUUCUGGCCGAAGUAGCCGCCAACCGCACAGAGCUGACCAAGUCCAACUAACAGGGGACUCGGAUGAUGCCGCCUCCGAGCACCAUGCAUCAUGCCACUCCAGCAGAACGAGCACCAGCCCCAGAACCAGAACCAGCAACAGCACCAGCUGGACGGAGGAAGCAAGGCUACAUAGCACCUGAACCUGCCCACCUAUCCCGCGCAUUGUUUUUAACCCUUUCCUCCCGCCAGUCAUGAAUAUUAUUGUUUUCCCCCCUCUCUUUCAUGCAUAUGCAUGCGCAUACGUUUUGCAUAAUGCAAAUCGUUUUAGUA